AUGGCGAUCAUUAACAGAUUCCGCGCUUUCCGGCGCCAAUCAGUUGAGGAGUCUGUUCCCGCUAUAACAACUGCGACAGAGGAUACGAAGACUGACUCUGUCGUUGCUGGUGCCGUUCCCGUCAACGAUAUCUCUCAUGAAAAGGGCUCGGAACACAACCCUGAGCGCCCGAGUGAAGAUGUGCAACGCGGUGUCAAGAACAUCGAGGCCACAACGUUGACCUGGACCAAGCGCACGCUAAUUGCCGUGUUCAUCAAUAUUUGGUUCCUAUACUUCGUCAAUGCCUUCCAAUCGUCGGUCUUUUGGACUGUGGUCCCCUAUGUGACCAGCGACUUCUCCUCCCAUUCCUUGCUGAACACCAUUUAUGUCGUCGGUGACUGUAUGGCGGCUGCAACCUUCAUUCCCGUGGCCCGGGCCAUGGAUACAUUUGGUCGUGCUGAGGGCUUCUUGGCCAUGGUCAUUUUCGGAACGCUGGGACUGAUCAUGAUGGCUGCUUGCCAUAACCUCCCGACUUUCUGUGCAGCCUAUUGUUUCUACAAUAUCGGUUUCAGUGGUAUGACUUAUACGAUCGACGUCGUAACCGCAGAUGCAUCCAAGUUGAAGAAUCGAGCAUUGGCCUUCGCCUUCACUUCUUCUCCAUACAUUAUCACUGCCUUCGCUGGCCCAAAGGUUGCCGAGGAAUAUCUCGAGCUGAUUAACUGGCGCUGGGCCUUUGGAACCUUCGCCAUCAUAUUUCCCAUUGUCGCAUUCCCCCUCUUCGUCAUGCUGAAGUUGAAUCUUCACAAGGCCAAGAAGUCUGGCUUGCUUGUGAAGGAGCCAAGCAACCGAACACUUCUACAGAGUGUCUGGUACUAUUCCAAUGAGCUCGAUAUCAUUGGUGUUUUCCUCUUUUCAGGUGGCCUCGUUGUGUUCCUUCUCCCAUUCUCAAUUGCACCCACAGCUCCCAAUAGCUGGGGAACUGAUUACAUUAUUGCCAUGAUUGUCGUUGGAUUUGUCAUGCUCUUUGUUUUCGUUCUUUACGAGAGCUACCUCGCACCUCGCCCAAUGCUUAGCUGGAAGCUGGUUUCGGACCGUACCGUCCUUGGCGCUUGUUUGCUUGAUGCAACCUAUCAGCUGUGCUACUACUGCUGGAAUGGAUAUUUCACAUCCUUCCUUCAGGUGGUCAAUGAUCUUACUAUCGCGCAGUCGGGUUAUGUCGCGAACACCUUCGAUGUCGUCUCAGGAGUCUUACUUCUUGGAGUUGGUUUUGUGAUUCGCAAGACUGGUCGCUUCAAGUGGCUGCUUUACAUUGCUGUGCCCCUCUAUAUCUUCGCCCAGGGGUUGAUGAUCUACUUCCGUCGUCCCAACCAGUCUGUUGGAUAUCUUGUCAUGUGUCAGGUCUUUAUCUCGAUUGGUGGAGCCGUGUUCAUUAUCGUCGAGCAGCUCGCUAUCCUCGCAGCUGUUGAGCAUGAGAAUAUUGCUACUGUCCUUGCUCUGUUGAACGUUGUCGGAACUGUUGGAAAUGCUGCCGGCUCCACCAUCUGUGGUGUUAUCUGGCAGGCCACUUUUAAGAAGGCUCUCAGACAGAACCUCCCGGCGAAUGUCAUGGACAACUUCGAUGCUAUUUAUGAGGAUAUCGAGACCCAGAUGUCCUACGCACCUGGAUCGCUCGCCAGGACCGCUAUCCAGAAAUCCUAUGGCUAUGCGCAGACUCGAAUGCUUGCUGCUGGUACUGCCAUCAUGGUCCUUGCUGUCCCUUGGACUAUUAUGAUCCGUGACAUUGACCUUAAGGCAGUCCAACAGGUCAAGGGUAUGGUAUUCUAA